AGAGAGAGAGAGAGAGAGAGAGAGAGAGAGAGAGAGAGAGAGAGAGAGAGAGAGAGAGAGAGAGAGAGCUGGAGCACUUUCCAAAUGGAUAUAAGGCAGAAUAAGUGCAUAAUUCGAUAUAAUAUUUUUUUCUAACGAUACAAAGAUGUGUAGAAUAAAUUAAAAGUUUACUACCAUAUCUCGCUUAACCUUAUUUCGGUAAUACAUUUUACAUUUUACAUUUUUGGUAGUACAUACACAAUUGUGCAAGAGGUCUAUAAGCAUAAAUUGCUAUGCUCCGUUAUGAAAACGCAUAAAAAAAUUAAGUUCGCCGAAGAGUCAUAUAACACAGAAAUAAUUUAGAGAAAAGCGAGAAAAUUUGAAAACUGAGGGAGACACUAUCACCAGUGAAAAAAUGGCGGACUGUGAGAAAGAGGAGGCUCAUAAUCUCCAAAUGGAAUUUGAAUGGCUCCUACAUGAAGAAGUUCAUUCUUCAUUAUUCCAACUUCGCAAUAUCUUAAUGGAAUGUGCACAGCGAUUUCCAUUGGCCGUUUUUGGUAAUGAUCAACUCAAUAAGACAGACAGAUUUGUAUUUGCAGCUCCACAUGAUCAAGUAAAGUGUGUCGCAGUACUUACUGGUGAUAGUAUCACAAAUGCAGAAGUUAAUUUCAAAGUACAACGUCAACCAAAUGUUAGCAUGAGAACAAGUAUAGUAAAUGAACAUCCCUGGAAAUUACAACAAAUACAAGAUGCCGCUAAUCAUUUACAACAAGCUAUUGCACAUAUUGAUAAUGUUGAUCGGCAUUAUCUUUUCAAAACAUCAGACGAAGUUAUGCAUGUACUAGGUAAUAUAUUAGGUAGUCUUCAACGGAGUAGAACUAGUUUAAUUGUUCCUAGAAAGAAAACCAUUGAUGAUCUCAUCAAAAGUCGUAAUAUGAAGUCUUUAAGUCCUAAUCUUCCGGAGAAUUUAGCUAUUAGCUUUUACAUUCAAAGCUAUAAACUGGUUUUAGCAGUCUAUCAAUUAGAAAAUGCACAUGGUAGUGUUAAACAUGAGACUCAACAAGCAGAAUGUAGUGUACCAUGGUUAAAUGAUGCAUUGGUACUUUUAACCAUAGCAUUACAACUUUGUCAACGUCUGAAAGAUAAGGUUUGUGUUUUCUCUCUGUAUAAAGAUUUUACGGUGAGCACACAUGUUCCUUCAACUACCAAUUGGUAACCUUAGAUAUAAUUUUAUCUUCAAAAUACUGUAUUAUAAAAAUGGUGCUAUAUAAGGAUUAUUGUUUCUAGUUAGUUGCUAGUUCAAUAAGUCAAUAGUGCUUGUUAAAGUCAUUGUAUGGACAGAGGAUGGCAUCUCUUUUAUUAUUUUAACUGCUAUCGCGCACGGAACUUGUUCUUACAAAUUUCAGAAGUAAUUAUUUAUAGUACGUGCCUAGAAUAAUAUUAUAAUAAUUUAAUAUUUCACUGUAAAAAACUAGAAGAUGGAGGUGUAAAAUCAAAAAUUGUAUUCCCAUGUUAUUUUGCACAUUACAUAAAAAUUACCAACUACAUACAGCAGAAAGAGGAAACUCAAGUAUUUUGCCAAUUAUGUGUGUGCCUAAAGUUGUAUUGUAAUACUUCUUUCCUUUAAGUAUUUUAUAUAUUUCCAAAUUUAACAAAUUUUUGAUAGAAGAUUGCAUCUUCUACUCAAACAAGUCUAAGUUGAUCGAAGCACUUUCUAAUGUUACUUUUAAGGAAUUUUUUUCGGUCAGAAUUGUUUCGUAAGAUGGAUCCAUGUAAAAAACAUUUUGAAAAAAAGGAAAAAAGGGAAUUUUUUUAUUUAAAUUCAUUUUGACAAAAGUUCCCUAAAUAGAAAUAUUACAUAAAACCAAUUUUUUGUAGAAAAUAUUACAAGUAUUGAUGGUAUUGUUCCAAAUAAAAAUAAUCAAUUUUUAUUAUUACAUACUU